CUUGCUCUCCCACAUCACUCACUCACUCCUCUCCUCCCUACCUGAACUACUCACUCCAGGAUGGAGCAGACAGAUGUCGCAGAGACCAGAAGACGACUAAGACACAUCCAAACAGACAACAGCCGUGCCUACUGGUGUCAUUUUUCUUUCUGUAUACACAGCCUGUAGGUUUUGCCUACAGCAAAUGGACAACGCCAUCAGAAGACUAGAAAGAACCUGAACAAGUCAGCAACUAUGUGAAAACCUCAACCUUUUAUAGAUUUAAUAGAAGUCAUUUCUAUAGUAUUCAAGCUGGAUUUUGUUUUGGAUUGUGUUUCUGAAGUGUCCCACCAUUGGACUUAAACUGCUACACCUGGACUAAACAAGACCUCACACACAAGUGUUUAGAAUCAACCAGCAAGUGUAAAGUUGUAGUUGUAUCUCAACAUUUAGGUUAUCUGGACUGUAUAUGUGUACUUCUGCGUGUAACUCUGCAUACAGCCAUGGGGAACGCAGCUGGAAGUCUGGAGAUGUCACCCGGACGGGACGUCAAACGGCCCCUCAGCACUUAUGGGCAGAAACAGCCACCGACCCCUAAACUGCCCCUUCCACCUGAGGAUGAGUUAGAGGAGAGAUUCAGCAUGGUGUUGUUUUCCAUGAAUCUUCCACCUGACAAAGUGAAGCUGCUCUGUCAGUACGACAACGAGAAGAAAUGGGAGUUAGUUUGUGACCAGGAACGGUUCCAGGUGAAGAAUCCUCCGUCAGCAUACAUUCAGAAACUCAAGAGUGUAUUAGAGCAGGGAGGAGGCAGAAAGUUUAAAAGGCGAGUCCAAGAAUCCACACAAGUUCUGAGAGAGUUGGAGAUCUCUUUGCGCACCAAUCACAUCGGGUGGGUUCAGGAGUUUCUAAAUGAAGAAAACAAGGGGUUAGACGUGCUGGUGGACUACCUCUCUUUUGCUCAACGUGCAGUCACAUAUGACAUGGACAGCUCUGAUAAUGGAAGCUUUGAAGAGAAAUCUGUGGAAGAUUUGACCACCAGUGCGACAAACUCCCCUACCCACAAUUCCCCACGCUCAGGACGCCCCUUCACCACAAGGAAAGCUCUGAGAUUUUCGCGUCUGCUCAGUCAGAAGAACCACCUGCACCUCUGCAUCAUGUGCCUCCGUGCCAUCAUGAACUACCAGUUAGGGUUUAAUCAGGUGAUGGCUCAUCCCAACUGUGUCAAUGAAAUCACACUGAGUCUCAACAACAAGAAUGGCAGGACUAAAGCUCUGGUUCUGGAGCUCCUUGCUGCUGUCUGUUUGGUUCGAGGAGGUCACGAAAUGAUUAUUGCAGCCUUUAAUAAUUUCAAAGAGGUAAGAAAAGACUAGCCUUCUUUCUCUGUUCAUCCAUCUCACUCUUCUUAUCAUCAUCUCCCACACUUCAGUGUGUCUCCUUGGUCUUAUUGUGUA